CUGGCUGAGCGAGAAGAAAGUCAAGAAGCUCAAUUUCCAGGCCUUCGCGGAGCUGUGCAGGAAGCGAGGGAUAGAGGUCGUCCAGCUGAACCUCAGCCGGCCAAUUGAGGAGCAGGGCCCCCUGGACGUGAUCAUCCACAAGCUGACCGAUGUCAUCCUCGAGGCCGACCAGAAUGACAGCCAGUCCCUGGAACUGGUACACAGGUUCCAAGAGUACACUGAUGCUCACCCUGAGACCAUCGUCUUGGACCCCCUCCCCGCCAUCAGGACCCUUUUAGACCGCUCCAAGUCCUACGAGCUUAUCCGCAAGAUCGAGGCCUACAUGAAAGAUGACAGGAUCUGCUCACCGCCCUUCAUGGAGCUCACCAGCCUGUGCGGGGAUGACACCAUGAGGCUGCUGGAGCAGAAUGGCCUGGCCUUCCCCUUCAUCUGCAAAACCAGAGUGGCUCAUGGCACCAACUCUCACGAGAUGGCCAUUGUGUUCAACCAGGAGGGCCUGAAUGCCAUUCAACCCCCUUGUGUGGUUCAAAACUUCAUCAACCACAACGCUGUACUCUACAAGGUGUUUGUGGUGGGCGAGUCCUACACGGUGGUCCAGAGACCCUCCCUCAAGAACUUCUCUGCGGGCACAUCAGGACCAUCUCUCAUGCCCCCCGUCUGGACUGGCUCUGGUCGGAGCAGCGGGAGGACUGUCGGGCACACCGGGGUGGCCAGGGGCCUCUGUGCCCCACUAGCGGGAAGGAUGCCAGAUCGAGAGUCUAUCUUCUUCAACAGCCACAACGUGUCAAAGCCGGAGUCUUCAUCAGUCCUCACUGAGCUGGACAAGAUCGAGGGCGUGUUUGAAAGACCGAGUGAUGAGGUUAUCCGAGAACUGUCCCGGGCCCUUCGGCAGGCGCUGGGAGUGUCACUUUUUGGAAUCGACAUCAUCAUUAACAACCAGACUGGGCAGCAUGCGGUCAUUGAUGUCAACGCCUUCCCAGGCUAUGAGGGAGUGAGCGAGUUCUUUACCGACCUCCUGAACCACAUUGCCACAGUCCUGCAAGGCCAGAGCACAGGUGGAGCUGGCGGCACAGAGGAGGUGGCCCCGCUGAGGCACAACAGGCUCCCGGCGGAAGCGGCGGGUAGCCUGGCUGGCGAGCGGACGUGCAGUGCCAGCCCUGGCUGCUGCGGCAGCAUGAAGGGCCAGGAUACGCCCUGGAAGACUGAGACCGAAACAGGCACCAUGGGUGCCGGUGGCUCUACCAAGCUGCCGCACCAGAGACUUGGCUGCACCACUGGUGUGUCACCCAGCUUCCAGCAGCACUGUGUCGCCUCCCUGGCCACCAAGGCCUCCUCACAGUAGCCACAGAGCCCAGGACCCAGAGGGGCGGUGCAGAGCCUGGGACACACCUGCUGGGCCAGCAGCUCCAAACAGGAACACUAAUAAGAAUUCCCAGUGAUCUGAUGCUUCUCUGUUUUAAUUUUUUUUACCUGAUUUUUCUGAUGUUAUGAUCGGAAUGAGGCGGGGAGCAGAACGCCAAGUGGUCCAGCCUGGAGGAUACCGCCUAACUCCUGCUGUGCACAUCUCCUCACUGAGUUUACACACGCUUGUGUUCUCAACACUAGGUCUGAAUGUAAGGUGGGGUGCGUGCAUGUGUGUGUGGUUGUCAUGCAGGUGUGUGUGUGUCUGUCUGUCUGUCUGUCUGUCUGUCUGUCUGUCUGUCUUCAUGGCUGCUGUGGGCCAGGCUCUGGGCACUCUGGAAGGAGGCCCAUAUCUGGCCAGGCUGUUGCAGCUAAGUAGGCGAAAGUUUCUCUCCUCCACACCUGCCCACACCCAGACCUCACCCCCUCCCUCUUUGCCCAGGUGUGGUCUCCUUCAAAGCUAACCCUUGCCCCUGUGCAGCUGACCCUUGCUUCUCCAAAGCCAUGGAAGCAGCAGACCCUUUGGGGAGCUCUAUAUGGGGGAUCUGGGUUGUAGGAAGGGAAAAGAAGUUUCCUGUGGGGGUAGCCAAAGGCCCUGGCUAUUGCUAGUCUUCACUGACUCCAUGGAAUAUACCAGGCCACUGUCCUCUCCACCCUGUCCCUGUUGCUCACCAGGACCGGGAGGGAGGUCGCCUGGCUAGGAGUCCCAGAGUCUGCCAGGACCCAAGAUUGUUGCUGGGACUUUGAACAAAUCAUUCCACGAGUCUUCAGGCCUCCACCUCCUCAUCUCUUCCGAGUGGCAGAGACAGAACUGAAGGCCUGCCCCCGUGUUCUAGCCCACACGGAUACCUGCUUCUUUGUGCCAACAGCUGGAGCCCUCUUUCCAGGUGAGAGAGCAGGCCUGCGCCUGCUCACACACGCCAGCCCCUCCUGGUGCAGCAAGGCCCGGCGCAGCCCUGCUGUGUUUGUGGCAAGUCACUUUCACUUCAGACUCACGGUGUCCCCGAAGCAGCUGGUAGACCACCCACUGGCCCCAGAGCCCACAGGAAAGGACACCACCGGUGGAGCCCUGGAUGAGCAGCCCGGGACCCCCCAAGGGUGAUCUCGUGUCUUAAGAUACCAGUUCACUUUGCAAAGAGAAUGAGACCUUCGGAUUGUCCCAAGGUCCAUUAUGAUGAAAGACACUCGAGGAAGCACCCAGCAGCCCUGGGAAGGCCACUAAGUGCAGCCAUGGUGGGGCACCUUUUGGGCAAGGAGAAGCUGGUUGGCUUUCUUGGAAACAGAACCCCAGGACUAACCACGUUUCCAGGACCUGAGUGUUGACCCUGAUGAUAUCUGUACGUCGCCUUCCCAGGCCUGACCCUGAAUACAGGGGGUGGGAGGCGUGGCCGGCUCUUGCACUGCUUUAUCUCCGGAAUAAACUACUGAGAUCAAACUGCA